AUGGCGAUGAGAGUGUCAAAUAGUCGGGCUUUGGCCUCCGCCAUCAGAUCCACAAAGAAUUCUUUAGUUCAGCCCAGGAAGUUCAAUAUUCGAAGCUUUGCCUCCACACAACAUGCUCGAGUUGUUGUCUCCCCGGAUACUCCCAACAUGCGACAUGCUCAGAGAUCUCCCGAUGUUCCAGGAGGUCUCCGUGUUCCACCUGUAAAUCCUGCAGACAAAUAUGCAGCAAAGGCAGAUGAUUUGCACAGAUAUGGAUCAUGGCUCAUGGGAUGCCUCCCAAAAUACAUUCAACAAUUCUCAGUAUGGAAGGACGAGCUUGUUAUAUACAUUUCUCCAUCUGGAGUAAUUCCUGUAUUUUCAUUCCUCAAAUAUAAUACUGCCGCAGAAUUCACUCAAGUCUCAGACAUAACUGCCGUUGACUUCCCCACCCGCGAUCAACGCUUCGAAAUAGUCUACAACCUUCUCUCCGUGCGCCACAACUCCCGCAUUCGCAUUAAGACUUACGCUGAUGAGGCCUCUCCCGUUCCCAGCAUCUGCAGUCUUUAUGACGGUGCCAAUUGGUAUGAGCGCGAAGUCUACGAUCUCUUUGGAGUUUUCUUUGUUGGUCACCCGGAUCUUCGUCGCAUCAUGACAGACUAUGGGUUUGAUGGCCAUCCAUUACGAAAGGAUUUCCCAUUGACGGGAUACACGGAGAUUAGAUACGAUGAGGAGAAGAAACGUAUUGUGGUUGAACCAUUAGAGUUGACCCAAGCAUUCAGAAACUUUGAGGGUGGAACUGCUGCAUGGGAGCAAGUCGGUUCUGGUGUUGACAGGAAGCCCACCACAUUCAAGCUUCCUACACCUAAGCCAGAAGAAAAGAAAGAGGAACCAAAGAAAUAG